UGGGCGGGCUUGGCAAGACAACUCUUGCCAAGAAGGUUUAUGACAACAAGAGGAUGGUGGAACACUUCGAUUGCCGUGCCUGGAUCACUGUGUCUCAGUCAUUCAAGAUGGAGGAGGUACUUCGGAACGUGAUAAAGCAAUUCUAUCUAGCAAGGAAAGAGUCAAUUCCUGAUGGUACCGAUGCAAUGGACGAGAUGUCUCUUAUUACUCGACUUAGGGAGUAUUUGGAGGAUAAAAGGUAUGUCGUUGUUUUUUAUGAUGUUUGGAAAUUAGAGUUCUGGAGAUUUAUUAAAUAUAUUUUACCAGAAAACAAAAGAGGCAGCAGGAUAGUAAUUACAACACGAAAUGUUGAAGUAGGUUCUGCUGUUAAAGAAUCUUCAUUUCAUUAUAUCCACAAUCUUCAAGCUCUACCUCCCGAAAGUUCCUGGGAACUCUUCUGUAAGAAGGCAUUUCAGGGUUGUUUCUGUCCUCCUGAAUUAGAGAAAAUUUCCCUUGAUAUUGUUAAAAGAUGUGAAGGAUUGCCGCUUGCAAUUGUGGCAAUGGGCGGUGCUUUAUCAACCAAAGAGAAGAAUGAGUUAGAAUGGCAGAAAUUUAAUGACAGUCUUGGUUCCCAAUUAGAAAGUAAUCCCCAUCUUGAAAAUAUCACUAAAAUUCUGUCCCUCAGUUAUGAUGACUUGCCUCACUACCUCAAGUCUUGUUUCUUGUACUUUGCCAUUUUUCCAGAGGACUACCCCAUUAAUUGUGGAAGACUCAUCCGACUGUGGAUAGCUGAAGGGUUUGUGAAAGGAAAGAAAGGAAUAACAUUGGAACAGGUUGCCGAAGAAUAGUUGACUGAACUGAUUCAUAGAAGCUUGGUUCAAUUGUCCCACGUGGAUUAUAGAGGGAAAAUUAGAAGUUGCAGAGUCCAUGAUUUGAUGUGUGAGAUUAUCCUCAGAAAGGCCGAGGAGUUGAGUUUUUGUCGUUCUUUUGGGGAAGAAGACUCAAGCUUUGAUGGAAAAUUUCGGUGUGGAUCAGUUCAAAAAAGCACAGAUAAUGUUGUGGAGGCUAUUAAUAGGAACCCACAGAUUCGCUCAAUUUUGCUUUUUGACAUUGAUGCAGUGCCUAUGCUCUUUACAGGUACAUCCCUUACCAACUUUAAUCUUUUGAAAAUAUUGGAUUUUGAAAAAGCUCCUCUAUAUAGUGUUCCAGAAGAUCUGGGAAAUCUGUUCCACUUGAGGUACUUAAGUCUGAGCAGGACAAAAGUCAAGAUGCUUCCAAAGUCCAUAGGUAAGUUACAGAACCUACAAACUUUGGAUCUCAAACAUUCCCUUGUGGAUGCGCUUCCAGUUGAGAUCAAGAAGCUUCGAAAGCUGCGCCAUAUUCUAGCCUAUGCUUAUAAAGUCUGUCCUGAAUGGGACUUUUAUACUACUAGAGGAAUACAUAUAGGGGAGGGGAUUGGCAGUAUGCUAGACUUGCAGAAGCUCUGUUAUGUGGAGGCAAAUCACGGGAUGGGCCUAAUUGAAGAGCUGGGAAAGUUGAGGCAGUUGAGAAGGCUGGGCAUUACAAACCUUGUGGAAGACGACGGGCUAAGACUUUGUGCCUCCAUUUCAAAUAUGAAGCACCUUGAAUCUUUAUGCAUAUGUUCAAAGGAUGAUGAUAUUCUGAAGUUAGAAACUAUAUCAGUUCCACCCAGAUACCUUAGAAAUCUCUAUCUCCAAGGAUGCUUAAGCAAGUUGCCGGAAUGGCUUCCCACACUUCGAAGUCUAGUUCGUGUAUGUUUAAGAAGGUCCGGGUUAAGCUAUGAUCCAGUGGAAGUCCUCCAAGCUCUGCCUAAUCUAUUGGAGGUUGAACUCCACACUGCAUACGACGGUGAAUGUUUGUGUUUUUCGGAAUUAGGAUUUCAGAAACUUAAACGGUUACGUCUCCGUGGCAUGAAGGGACUGAAAACCCUGAAAAUACACGAUGGAGCAUUGCCUCUACUCGAACAUUUAGAAAUUGGGCCUAGCCCACAACUGGAGGAGGUGUCACCUGGCAUUCGCCUGCUCAAAACCCUUACAAGUAUUGAAUUUUGGGGCAUGUCAGACAAAUUCUUACUUAGCAUGCUACCAGAGCAUGGCGAAAAUUAUCAGAUAGUUGAACAUGUCCCCAAUGUCUUUUUCCACUUUUCCUAUGGUGGAGGCUACCACACCAUGAGACUAUAAGAUGACCACCAAAAAUAUCAUUCCAAAUCCUGGGUUGUGAUUGGUGAUAACUGUUGGGCACUGAUCAAGUCUGAAGUUUUGCUUACUGGAAAUCAAGUUGUGUAAGAACACUUCUUUGAGCAUCCCAUAUAAUGCUGAUAUGAUGAUGCUUUUCUCCUUUUACAUGUAUUAUUAUUAUUAUUAUUAUUAUUAUUAUUAUUAUUAUUAUUUCCCUCUAGGGAUAGAGGAAAUCUCAGCUUCUAGAAUAUGCAAUACUGUUUAUGGUUCCAAUCUAUCAACAGGAAUUGUUGGUGGCGGUGUUCA